AUGGAGACUGAAACACCACUUUUGGCCGAGGCCAUUGCCAUCACCGAAAAGAAAGUCGCCAUGGCUUUAGAUGAUAUUAUCAAGCAGUCAAAGAGAAAUAGCAGUAGGAAUAAGGGCAAAAGAUCAAGGAGACAAAAGAACAAAAACCAAAACUUCAAUGGUGCAGCGAAUAAUAAUACCUCUAAAGUGCGGCAUUAUGUGAACUCACUUUCUGCAGUUAAACAGGGUGCUGUUGCUAAGAGAAGGUCUAAUUUCCAAGGAAAUCAGUAUCCUGUUACAGCAAACAUUGCUCAUAAAGCUGCUACUGCUCCUCCGCUCAGUGUUCGUGGUAGAGCUUUUAAUGCGGGAAGGAUGACGAGUGCCAAUCAGUCAAGGCUUCUUGCUCCACCAGCUCAGAAUAUUUCUGUACACGCUAGAUUCACCACGAAGAGGCAUGAAGUAGAUCAGAAAGUAGAAAACGGAGGAGGAGGGAAGAGGAAGAAGACACUGGAUUCUCGGUUUGCAAGCAUCAAACAGCAGAGAAAGAGUAACAACAACAACAACUAUGGCGUUGGGGUGCAUUUUCCAAGGUUGCCACCAUGGGCUAGAGCAACAAGAUUUACCUACUGA